AUAUCUGUAAAUUCAAUAAUUAAGAUGUUGGUCAACACCUAACACAUCAAAAAUUGCAAUCAAUAUCCCCAGGGGUGUUAAAUUUUAUUAGAUACCAGAAAGUGUUAAAUAAAUUAACACAAAAUAACUGACUAAAUGGGCAUUUAGUGCACUUCAUUAAACAUAUAAUUAUGGCUUUAUUUUGUAUAUAUAUGGAUGAAAUAUGUUGCAACGUAAACAUUCUUUGAUAAGUAAUCAAACAGACUAACAUUCAUCUCAAGUAAAAUCUACGAGCAUGGAGAGUACAAUACUUUUUGAUGGUAGGAUAUUUUUUUCUUGUUUACUUAGUUCCAUUUCUUCCUACUACGCUUUUAACAAUUUUCAAAAAAUAAGUGUACAAAUACUCAACUCGUUAAGUAACGGUACAUUUAUACGCAGUGUAUAUACAAGCGGACGAACCUAGCAUGCAUGUGUGUUUAUUAAUAGUUCAUCAUUAGGAUGUCAGAUUUUAAUUAAGAGACACGCGUUCUAUUUGGUAAAAUUAUAUUUAUAUAAAUUGAGUACUCUGUCGUCAAUUAAUGGAAAAAUAUAAAAACUUAUUUUACCAUCACUUAAACAUCAAAAUAAAAUUAACGACUUACAAUUCAUGACGAUAUAUAUACAGAAUAGUAAAGAAAUUUGUAAUUCAAGUUUAACGAAAUCAAGGUAAAUGGUUUUAUUUCAUAGUGUCUGCAAUCCACGGUAAAACAUAAUUCUAGAUCACUUCCAUAGCUAACCACCCCUUGUGUUUAUUUUUAGAUAGCAGAGAGAUGACUGAGCUGUACAAGUCUUGUCUAGAACCAAGGGAACAGUUCCAUGUCCUCAAAGCUGACUUGCUGAAGUUAAAACGAGAUGAAAUGGAAUUUCAAAACGAAUAUGAAAAUAUCGAGAGGAGGUUUCUGUCAAUGAUUGAACACUGUGGGAUCAACAAAGACGACUACCCUAUUCCGACCCCAGCCCGGGGAAUCGUAGGGACACCCUCUUUCUUCUUCUCUACCCCUGGGUCACUCACAAGAGUAACUGGAAUAUCAAAUCUGGCCGAGGAAGACACAUUCAGCUACAGUAAUCAGAAUGGAAACGAUCGAAGUCUUUGUGACGAUUCAAUGGUCACUGUUCUGGCAGAGGAUACCAACGAUACUACCUUCUUCUCCGAGCCCGAGGAGGAGAUGAAAGAGAAAUCCUGGGAUCAUGGGGACGCCGAGACAAGCCAGUGCGUUCCGUCCAUCGACUUUGGGGGAGAAAAAAUUUACAGAGUUGUUGAGGGCUGUGAAAGUGGACCAAGAAACGACCCUCCUCCAAAGACAUCAAGGAAAAGUUUUCAUCCUAGAGGAUCGUCUACCAUGAUAAAUCACGUGACUCCCGAAAAACCAAUUAAAACAUCGAAGUUGUUGCGGAAGAAAAACAGUCACCCACGUGCUUGUUCCACUUUUAUCGGAAAAGACGCCAUGGUUGAGGAAACAAAAGAUGCUGACUGCAACAGUUUUUGGUCGUCAGACGAGAGCUCUAGCACUUUAUGUGUUGGUGACAGUUUGAUGGAAAAGAGUGAGUCCUUAUUUCCUCAAACCAUUUAUGACAACAGAGCGAGAAUACCUCGCACAAGUACCAGAAUUCACCUCAAUAACCAAAUAGUUCCUGACAUUAAUAUAUCAGCUAUCUCUAGAAACAUCACCGACUCCCUCUCUCAACAAUUGACAAAGAAGAGACACAGCAGACGCCAUCUUGCUAUGCGGGAUUCCGGUGUCUCCAGCUGCUCAACUCUUGGUUCAAUGGGCGAUAACUCGGUCUUUGAAAAACCUCAAGAGGAACCACCAAAGAAAAACGUAGUAAAAAAGACUGGAUUGCUUAGAAGACAGACAUGCAAAUCGAAAUUGCUGGAUAAGAAAGCUCUCGCAAAGAAAAUUCAGCGUUUUAACAACAGUUUGAAGAGCCAGGAAUUCAGAGAUGCCCAUACUCUGUUGGUGAUUUGACUUAGGGUCUAUCUGGACGCAGAUAUAAUUAUGAUAUAGUGCUACUAUUGUGAAUACCUGUAAAUAAUAUUUUAUUUAUUGAGUCUGUAAAGAAGUGCUAUGCUCUUAAAAAUAAACAA